AUGGAAAGGUAUCCUGAAUCUAUAGAAGAGCUUAAGAGCAUUGUUUGUGCAGCAAGUCGUCUUAAAUUCGUCACCAAAGUAUUAUAUUGUCUUCGUUUCACUCAAAACCAUCCUGAAUAUAAUGAACAAAUUGGCUGUUGCUGGUAUCUCGAUGGAGAAUCAUUUCUAGUCAAUUCAGGUGCAUUGGGUGCAUUUUUAGACUUAAAAUCUAAUUCUAUUAAUACAAAUUUUCGCGAACAUGGAUUUCAGGUCCAAAAAGGAGAUAAGGUGCCACCCGAACUUCUCGAGAUGUCAAAUCGAAAUUGGAAAAAGAGGAAGGCUACAAUAGGCAAUUUCAAUAGAAAUUCUUCAAUUGCUGAUGCAGAUUCAAUCGGACUUGUAGAUUCAUCUAAAAAGGAUCAAACUCCCGAAAAACCAGUACAAAAGCAGUUCAUAAGUAUCUUCCAAAAUAAGCCAAAGCCAGUAGAACCAGCUCCACCUCCGAAAAUUCAAAAUGCGCUUGAUGAGUUUUUCAAAAUCAGUGAUAAACUACACCAAAAGAUCAGCAUCGAACAUAUGCUACUUGAAAUGCCUUUAGACGAUGCUGAGAAAAAUAAAUUACUUUCAGAUAUUGUAAGUCAAUGGAAACAGGCAUUUGGCAUUAACCAAUCAGUACCUGCUUGUCAAGCAGUAGAAAACUUAAUUCCAGAUACUCCAAAACGCUCGAAAUAUCUUACUUUCCAAAUGCGUGUAAAUUUAGUUUAUUUAAUUUAUCAAGAUCCAUCAGCAAGCAGCCAAUCAGUAUCUCUAAUGCAAGGAAACCUCAAUUUCGAUCAAUUCGCUAAAUUUUACGUUAGAUACGGUCAUCCAUCAAAUGAUUCUUUGUUGGAGCAGCUUACUGUCGUUCCACAAAUUGUUUCUGAUAUGGAGAGUAUUGAUGAUGCAUUAAAUGAAGCAAAUUAUGAUGAUGACGCUUCAUUUAUUAAUGGAUUCAUUCCUCAUAGCCAUAAAAACGAAAUUACCCAAAAAGUAUGGAAUUCACCAGUUCAUUCAUGGGCUUUGAUCCAUUCUAAGACGGCAAACAAGUUUGUUUUGUAUUGCAAAUCAGAUCAAAUUUUGCAAUUGUAUAUAACAGUAAAUAUAGCCACCAUUGACCCUAAAAAUAGGAUUACCGUUAAAUUCGGUAACGAUAUUAAAGGAACUAGUGAUUGGAAGAGUCUUUUCCAACUUUUAUCUUUGCCAUCUGACAAAGGCCUUCAAUUAGCGCCUGUUUCAAUACCUUGCGUCAAAGAGAUAGGUGCAGAUGAAAUAAAUGUUGAUACUCCUAAGAACAGCGUUCAAACAACACCGAGCGGAUCUCAAAUGUUGUUUUUGACACCAGAUUCACAGACUUAUCAGACAGAUUCACAGUUCAGUAUAUCAAACAAUUUCAGUUUUGAAGGAUGGAGCCAACAUCAAGCAGAUUCGCAGUUUAAUUUUUAUGAUUAG